AUGAACUCCACAGUCUCAGGCCACAGACCGAUUUGGCAAGAGACCGAAGCCGGUCCUCCCGGGAAGCCGACCAAGGCCUGCGCUCCUUGUCGUGUCCGCAAAGUCAAGUGCGAUGCUACUGUGAAGGGGCUCCCAUGCAAUGGAUGUGAGGUACGCCACUUGGAGAAGCUGUACUUCCUAGCGCUCACCUCUCUCAGGACCGAGAGAACACUUCCGCCGAGAAAGGGUGCAAGGGCCAACACCAGGGAUCGCGAGAAUAACGGGUCACUGCCCCCCGACUACUCUACAGACAGCCGCCAGUCUAGUGUAGAGGCACAUGAUGAGAGUGCCCGCGCGGAGAGCUAUUCUCACUGUCAGCCAACUCCGGAUUCCCUGGAUUGCCAGGGUUUCCGUCAGGCUCAAACUGAACUGCACUAUCUGAACAUUUUAAAAGAUGCCGUGGACGACACGGCAUCUAACCGUCCGGAUGUUGACCUCAGUGUCGCAUCCACCAGUCCUGUGCAAGAGGAAACACUAGCAUCUCAGAUCCGACUUUUACACAGGCCUCCGCAGCUGGACGAUGUUCACCGAGAAUUUCUCGCCAAGAAAGGUGUUUUUGACUUACCACCUCAGCCCUGUCUGGAUUCCCUUCUCAAGACGUACUUUGAUUACAUCUACCCCUACGGCCCAGUGAUUGACCCAGUGGAGUUUCUAAGGACCUAUCAAUCGGGCCACUACUCACUGUUCCUGUUAUACUCGAUGCUGGCACCGGCAACUCUCUAUGCCCCAGUGGAUAUCCUUUAUGGCUGUGGCUUUAGUGACCGCUCGAGUGCACAGGCCUCAUUCGUGGCUAAAGCUACCCUGCUUCACGACUUUCAAGUCGAGACCAACCUCCUUCCCUUGCUCCAGGGCUCGAUCAUCCUCGGCAUGGUGGUUCUUGAUUACCCGACGGACAAGGACUUUUAUUACUGGUUCUAUAACUCGACGCGCCUUGCUGCGAAGCUAGAUAUUCACAAAGCAUCGGCCCGAGAAGACAGAGCAGGCCGAUGUUCCAAGCUCUAUAGGAGGAUCUGGUGGGUUUUAUACUGUCGAGACAUUUUCCUUCACAUGUAUUCCGGCACGCGGUCCUUGCGGAUCAUCGGCAACGACCCAGGUCUGAAGCCGAUAACAAAACACGACUGGCGCGAGCCCGGUGAAGUCCCGAGAGAAUUUCAGUCGAUGCUGCUUCCCAUAUCAAGUCGACAAAAGUCGUACUUUAUGGCCGUCUGUGAACUAGCCCAGAUCGUCGGCCGCUUGGUCUCCGCUGUCGCCGAUGAUCAAGGCAUGGAUCCACAACAAGUGAUUCGCCCCCUCGCUACCUGGCGCAUGACUUUAGCCGACAAGAUGCAAAUGCAGGAUCCAUCUACCGAAGGCGAUAUCUACUACGCGGACCUGCUUGGGAGUAGCUACCGCUUCGAGUCUACAAUUUGCCGUUCCAUUCGCCAUGCCUGGCAAUCCCGCGACACCGACCGGUAUGAAUGGGCAAAAGCACGACUCCGCGCCGCGAUACUCGAGCUCGAUGCGAUUGCCAGACGAAUCUCAAUCAAUGGCACUAUUCAGAAAUUCCCAGUGUCAUUCAUGACCGCCAUCCCGACUUUACUCGCCUUGCACAUCGAGUCUGCGCUGGAUACCUCGGAAACAGAUCUCAUCCGGUCCAUGUCGCGCAUAUCCAUCGGACAGACCAUGUUAGUUCUCAACGAACUCAGAGAGAUCCCCGUGAUCAAGAGAGCGAUGCCUAUUUUUGAGGUGGUGCUUGCAAAGAAGAACCUGUACCCGACAUCAUUUGGUCCUGCCGAUUCUGUGCCGCAAAUCGAUGAUCGGCAGAAUGAGCCGGAUCUACCACGCCCACAGAUGGGAGCAUUUGUGCCGCAGGAUGUGCAAGGGGAUUGUACCUUUUACCUGGGGGAUUUCAUAGACUUCGAUGUUUUGGAUCGGUGGGAGGUGGGACAGUUGGAUUCUCCGGCAAUUUUUUGA